AUGUCGUCGCCGGUGCCGCUGCUGCGGCCGCCUGUCCCUGGUGGUCGAAGUCAAAGCGGCAACCGAACCCCUCGCCUCACACUCGGAAUCCCUCCUUCGCCCAAUGCUCGACCCGUAACGGGGGAGGCAGAACCGCCCGCCGAGAUACCGCGCUUCAGUCUGGCCGCAAAGGGUCCUCCCAAACUAUCCCUAGCCACUCCCAUGGGAAGUCAGGGUGCGAUCCAAGAAGGAGGAACAAGUCUAAGACCACAAGUACAGCCAUUAAACAUAUCUGCAGUCACUGGCAAUGAUAAUGCCACCAGGCCGCGAGGAGACAGCUUCCACAAUGGCAGCGUCCCGGGGUCUGCGUCUUCCUCAACAUACUCUGCACUCUCUUUCGCCAUGCAGGCAAGACAAGGGGGCACGCCCGAUCCGUCUUCGGCAAUCAGCUCAAUCUACUCGGAAGCCAGUAUGGGUGGCUCGUCCAUGGAAAGGGAAUCCAGUGUCGGCGGGCUGUCCAUUGACUUUGACAAACUCAGCCUCGAAAAGGGGAGGCCGCUUGAUGUGGAGGAUCUGGAUGACGAAGGUUGGGGAGCCGCCAGUGAACAGGGCAAGAUCAUUGAACUUGGAUCGUUGGGUGAAGGCGCUGGUGGUGCCGUCACAAGAUGUAUGUUGCAAGGCGGCAAGACCAUCUUUGCUCUUAAGGUCAUCACAACCAGCCCGGACCCGGACGUCAAGAAACAAAUCUUACGAGAAUUAAAGUUCAACAAGAAUUGCACAUCUGAGUACAUUUGCCAGUACUAUGGUGCCUUCAUGGACAAGUCAUCGAGCACCAUCUCCAUAGCCAUGGAGUUUUGCGCAGGCGGCAGUUUGGACAGUAUCUACCGUGAGGUCAAGAAACUAGGAGGCCGAACUGGAGAAAAGGUCCUGGGCAAGAUUGCCGAAGGUGUUUUACAUGGGCUGACUUAUCUCAAUUCUCGCAAAAUCAUACAUCGAGACAUCAAACCUUCAAAUAUCUUACUCUGCCGCAAUGGCCAAGUCAAACUCUGCGAUUUUGGCGUCAGUGGCGAGUUUGGCACCAAAGGCGAUGCCAAUACGUUCAUAGGAACCUCAUACUACAUGGCUCCGGAACGGAUCCAGGGCCAGACCUACACCAUAACAUCGGAUGUCUGGUCUCUUGGAGUGACACUACUCGAAGUCGCUCAACACCGCUUCCCCUUCCCAGCUGACGGCACGGAGAUGCAGCCUCGAGCUGGACUUAUUGAUCUUCUCACGUAUAUCGUGGCGCAGCCCAUUCCCAAACUCAAGGAUGAGCCGGAAAACGGCAUCAAAUGGAGCGACACGUUCAAGUAUUUCAUCGAAAGCUGUUUGGAGAAAGAGCCCAGCCGGCGCGCCUCUCCGUGGAGGAUGCUUGAUCAUCCCUGGAUGGUGGAGAUGAAAACGAAAAAGGUCAGCAUGUCGACUUUUCUGAAGCAGGUUUGGGAUUGGAAAGAUUGA